CACACACACACACACACACACACACACACACAAGGACACACAGACACUCACACGCACACACAAAUCUGCCAUGCUUCUAAAGAGCAGCCGAGAUGAUCCUUGUGAAAACAGUCUUCUUCUCCUCUCUGGCCCUCAUUAACUGGCCCAGAUGAUUGUAUGACAAGCUCACUGUGGAAAGCUCUGACACAUCUUGCACGCUUUUCCUGUAGCAGGAGUCCACUUGAACCUCUCUAAGUUUAAGGACUUUCUCGAAAGCAAGCAUUUGUUGCCAGACUUUUAUGUGGUGUUUCUUCUGCAGAAAAUGCUUUGGUCAGUGCAAAGACAGUGGAGACGUGUGACCUCACCCUCUGGCUCGGAGGGGCUCUACCUCUAAUUGUUUAAUCCCUGAUGCAGCUUUGGGCACAUGAUGAAAUCCUGUCAUUGCCCCUGAGAGGGAAUAAAUGAUCACCUCGGCAAGACGAAUCACCAGAGACAAACCUGAAGUCCAAAUCUCCUUCAGCCUUGAUGAGUCCUCAGAGCUGACCGAUGCAGAGGAUCAAUUUCCAUCUUUCCCUGACCUUGAGCAACGGCUGCAGCCAGUGUUGCCAUGUCAGUCUCUAAAGGAGUCUGUCCAAGUCUACCGAGACCAUUGCAGAAUGGCGAAAGAGUUUCACCAGGUUAAAACAGAGAUCGCUCUGCUGGAAGACAGAAAAAGGGAGCUGAUAGCUGAACUGGCUGAGGAUGAGAAGGUGACGUUGGAGAUCGCUCGGCUGGAGGAAGAGUUUCGCCUUUUAACAGAGGAGAACCGUACCCUUGUCACCAUGUACACAGAGCGGACUCAGCAGCUUGCAAUUCUGCACACAGUCAAUCAGAAAAGGCCGGGUUCCUCGUGACACUUAGCCUUUUGUGUCAUAGUCCGAAUGAAUAUGCAUUGCAAAUGAAGAUUUUUUCUUUCCUUUUGAUCCUUCUUAUCAUUGUUCUUAACAUACAAUGUGCAUUUUACAUGUCAUCAUGAUGUUUGAAUCCACAACUGCAGUUCACAAUAGUGAGCAUUAUAUGCAGUAGUGUGAGGUCAAGAUCAGUACAGUGGAAAAGGGAGUAAGAAGAGCAAAUCUUUGAGAUAACUGUAUCAGGUUUGAAACUUUUUCACCUGCUAAAGAGGGAGAAUGAGUUACUAGCAUUUAUUGUUUGUAAUACAGAUCUUAAAAUUCUAGGCAACUGUUUAAGUAAAUAAAGGGUUUUAAUCUGGAUUUACAUGAAAAUGGGUAUAGUUAGUUGUGUUCUGAGAUGAUUAGUAGUAAAAAUUGUAAUGAGUUAAUACUGAUCUGUGCAAGAAGCACUUUUUGGGGUCUGUAAUGGAAAACCAAUAGAUCUGUUAUAUGGGCUUGGAUUUGAGGCUUGGACAUUGUGUGUGUGUGUGUGUGUGUGUGUGUGUGUGUGUGUG